AUGCGCUCCUUCUUGAUCACUUCCACCCUCGCUGCGGGUGCUCUAGCAGCCCGUCCAUUCCUUAACGAGCCCGAUACCGGCCUCGAAGAGGUCAUUGGAGACACUGCCCAGGGCACGCUACCCAAGUUGACCUCCAUGGUCGGCCUGCCUGAUUUUGACUGGGCGGCGAGGAACUAUCUUCCCCUGCAGAACUACACCUACUACCGGAAUGGUGCUGCUGGUGAAUGGUCCUACCGAAACAAUAUGGAAGUGUUCAAUCGGUACACCUUCAACCCUAGUGUCAUGAAUGAUGUGACCAACAUUGAGGAGUCCCUUCCUACCACGAUCCUCGGCCACAACUUCUCGGCUCCCUUUUACAUUAGCCCCUGCGCCAGUGGCAUCUACGGCCACCCCAACGCAGAGCUUAACUUUGUCAAGGGAGCUGCAGAGGGCAACAUUCUUUACAUCCCCUCCGGCUAUGCCACCCUCUCGAUCGAGGAGAUCCACGCCGCCAAGGCCAAGGGCCAAGUUGUCUUCCAGCAGCUUUACCUGACCUCGAACGACACCGAGACCCAGGAUCUCUUUGACCGAAGCAAGAAGGCUGGAGCUGAUGCUCUCGUGUUCACCGUUGACGCUCCUACCUUCGGAACCCGUCAGCGUGCUGCUCGCCUUGACGUCAGCCUGUCGUCCUCUACCUACCGUUACAUCACCUGGGACUACUACAAGAAGCUCCAGACCAUGACUGAUCUCCCCAUUAUUGUCAAGGGCAUUAUGAGUGUCAGGGAUGCUAAGCUCGCCGUGAAGCACAAGGUGCCUGCUAUCGUCCUCUCUAACCACGGCGGCCGUCAGCUCGACGGUGCCCCCUCUGCCCUGGAGGUCGCCCUGGACAUUUAUAAGAAGGCACCUGAAGUUUUUGAGAAGACCGAGGUUUUCGCCGAUGGCGGUGUCCGCUAUGGCACUGACGUGCUUAAGCUGCUGGCGCUCGGAGUCAAGGCUGUCGGUGUUGGCCGCCCCUUCAUGUACUCGAACAUUUUCGGCCAAGAGGGUGUCGAGCGUACUAUCGAGCUUUUGAAGAGGGAAAUCGCUGUUGACGCAGCCAACCUCGGACUGGGCGACCUGAAGGAGAUUGAUGCCGACUAUGUCCGCUGGUCUGUUAACAACUGGUCUGGAUAA